GACCUUGAAGGGUCCUGGCCUUGAUGACCUUUCAGCGCUGAGCCCCACGCCUGGACACUGUCGCUGUAUGAAGAAAAGGCAGUGUGAGAGGAGUGGAUGGUUUUAAUGAACGCCCAGAGGUUUCUUCUGCUGGCACAAGGUGAUGGAAGCUUGGAUCUUUUUUCUUUUCUUUUUUUUGAGAGAGAGAGAAACAUGGAUUUGUUGUCCCACUUAUUCAUGCAUUCAUUGGUUGGUUCUUGUCUGCACCCGCACUGGGGAUCGAACCCACAACCUUGGCAUUUCGGGAUGAUACUCUAACCAACUGAGCUGCCCGGCCAGGGCGAGGCUUGAUCUUUUCAAAGAGGGAUUGACCAAGAGAUUCAUCAGAUGGCGCCCCUCGUAGAUGGGGCAGUAAUAACAGAAGAAUUCAAAGUGCCUGAUAAAAUGGUUGGAUUCAUUAUUGGCAGGGGAGGUGAGCAGAUUUCACGGAUUCAAACAGAAUCUGGUUGCAAAAUUCAGAUUGCUUCAGAGAGUUCUGGGAUUCCAGAGAGGCCCUGUGUACUUACCGGAACCCCAGAAAGUAUUGAACAAGCCAAGCGACUCCUGGGGCAGAUCGUGGACCGCUGUCGGAAUGGGCCUGGCUUUCAUAAUGACACAGACGGCAACAGCACAAUCCAGGAGAUCCUCAUCCCCGCGUCCAAAGUGGGUCUGGUCAUCGGCAAAGGAGGGGAAACUAUAAAGCAGUUGCAGGAGCGGACGGGUGUGAAAAUGGUCAUGAUCCAGGACGGCCCGCUGCCUACGGGAGCAGACAAGCCUCUUCGCAUCACUGGAGACCCCUUUAAAGUACAGCAAGCAAGAGAAAUGGUGUUAGAGAUCAUCCGAGAAAAAGACCAAGCUGACUUUCGAGGUGUGCGCGGUGACUUCGCCUCCCGAAUGGGAGGAGGCAGUAUAGAGGUGUCUGUGCCUAGGUUUGCUGUCGGGAUCGUCAUAGGAAGAAAUGGGGAGAUGAUCAAAAAGAUCCAGAAUGACGCUGGUGUGAGGAUUCAGUUCAAGCCAGACGAUGGAAUUAGUCCAGAGAGAGCGGCACAGGUCAUGGGACCCCCGGACCGAUGUCAGCACGCAGCGCAUGUCAUCAACGAGCUGAUUCUUACAGCCCAGGAAAGGGAUGGCUUUGGAGGCCUCGCAGUAGCCCGAGGACGAGGCCGUGGCCGCGGCGACUGGAGCAUGGGAACCCCUGGCGGCAUCCAGGAGAUAACGUACACGGUGCCCGCAGAUAAGUGUGGCCUCGUCAUAGGCAAAGGGGGUGAGAACAUCAAAAGCAUAAACCAGCAGUCAGGAGCACACGUGGAGCUGCAGCGCAACCCCCCUCCCAACACCGACCCCAACCUGCGAAUAUUCACCAUCAGGGGGAUUCCUCAGCAGAUCGAGGUGGCCAGACAUCUCAUAGAUGAGAAAGUUGGCGGUACCAGUCUGGGAGCACCUGGAGCCUACGGACAGAGCCCCUUCAGCCAGCCCCCUGCCGCACCUCAUCAAAACACCUUUCCUCCACGGAGCUCAGGGUGCUUCCCGAACAUUGCUGCUAAAGUGAACGGAAACCCGCACAGCACCCCUGUCAGUGGGCCUCCGGCCUUCCUGACCCAGGGCUGGGGCAGCACCUACCAGGCGUGGCAGCAGCCCGCACAGCAAGUCCCAAGCCAGCAGAGCCAGCCGCAGAGCAGCCAGCCCGACUACAGCAAGGCCUGGGAAGACUAUUACAAAAAACAGAGUCAUGCUGCCAGCGCCGCUCCUCAGGCCAGCUCCCCGCCGGACUACACCAUGGCCUGGGCGGAGUAUUACAGACAGCAGGUUGCUUUCUACGGCCAGACGUUAGGGCAAGCUCAGGCCCACAGCCAGGAGCAGUAGGACGGCGACCUGUGACCCCUCCCCGAAAUCAUUGUGAGCGAAAGCCUAUUUGUAACAGAGGUUUUUAGAUUUUCAAACCUUUUGAUGAAGAACCUUUGUUCUGUGAAACACUAUAUUUAGAUUAACAGAAUUUUUCUAAAAAUCGGGAAAUUAGUUACUAAAGACUGUUGAUUAUUCUUAUUUCAAUACUUUCGUUACUUCAAAUGUGGAAGCUCUGGGAUUUUUUUUGGAGCAAUAUCUGCAAAUCCAGGCACCAGAAUGUGCCUCAUAGCAGUGACAUUUCAACUGGUGUGUUCUUGUUCGUUUUGUUUUGUUUUUUUUUGUUUCGUGUCUUUUUAUUUACAGUUGUUUCUGUUGCAACAGAAAGUGGCUUGGAAGUCUUAGGAGGUGUGUAACAAAUUAUUUUUAAAAAAUUUUAAACAGUAUUUAAAUGUGUAAAUUCAUUAAAUGUUUUACUUCUAAUUUCUUGUAUCUUGGCUGUCUGGUUUUGCAUUUUUUUUAAAACUGAACUAUUCUGUAUUGUAAUUAUGUGAAUUCUGAAUUGAGACAGAGAAUUGUAUUGCUGUCCAAAGGGAUCGGGAAGGGCAUUUGUAGGGUUUGUAUAAUUUCUAGAGUUCUAAAGGGUAAUAUAAAAAUGUUUUCGUGUGUCUAGCAUACUUUUUUUUUCAUGUCUCAUUACCAGUUGCAAUUGUGUAUCUAAGACCUCCAAGCUUGUUUUAAAAACAAAACAAAAAACCUUUCUCUAUUCUCUCAGAAAUAUAAAUCCUGUUAUUUUUAAUAUUAAGAGGAAGUUGAUAUAACUUUUAACAAACACUGCGGUACAUUAAACCGCAUAAAAAUGUAGUAACUAUUUUUUAAUUCCGAGGCAUUUUUUGCUUUUCUCUUAAAUAUUUUUUAAUAUUUGUCAAAUUAACUAGAUGAAUAAAUAAAUCUAGUAUUAACCACAAUAUGAAUUAAAUGAUUUUGAUUUAAUAAAAGGGAUAUUAUGAUUUCCAAUGUUUACGUUAGUGUGUCUUGUACAGAUAACAUGUAUUUUUAAAGGAAAGAAAAACGGAAUUAAAGCUAUUUUUUCUUGCAUUUUUAAUUGACCUGGGGGACAUUCCGUUUGAAAUGUACUGAAGUUAACCUUUCGGUUUUUUGUCUUUAUUUUCUUUAAAAUGCUUGAAAUGUCUAACUAUUAAAAAUAAAUAUUUGAAGAAUG